AUGGGGACCUCAACAGCUUCGGUCAUCAACUUCAAGCCUGAGAUAAAGUGUGGGGACCACGCCACGAGCAUCCGAUCAGACCCUGGCGCCCACGGCCGGCGCUCCCGGAGCCCUGCGUGCUCGCCUCCCUCCCUGCGGCGUGAGCGCCGCGGCUCAGAGCCACUGUUCGACCUCCAGCAUGCUGCUGCGGGAGGGCAGGGGCUGGAGGGCAGCCCUGGCAGGCAACAGCUUAUCCGCCCCAGGGAAAAAUGGGAGAGGAGGAAUAAAAAUGAAAUCCUCUCUGGCGUCCUCAAGAGCAAAGGGAAGGACGACCGUGAGAGGGGAACUGACCCCAGCGGGAAGAUGCUGCCAUCACUGGGGCUGCUGUUUGCUGCCCUGUCCUUAGCAAGAUGCGUCCCCCUGCAGCGGGCACCCAACCGCAGCAAACUCCUCCUCGUGUCCUUUGAUGGUUUUCGGUGGAACUACGACCAGGACGUGGACACCCCCAACCUGGACACUAUGGCUGCAGAAGGGGUGAAGGCCAAGUACAUGACUCCUGCCUUCAUCACCCUCACCAGCCCAUGCCACUUCACGCUGCUGACCGGGCGAUACCUGGAGAACCACGGGGUGGUCCACAACAUGUGGUUCAACACCACCACGGGUGUGAAGCUGCCCUACUACACCACACAAGGCAUAAGCAGCUGGUGGGACAACGGCAGCCUGCCCAUCUGGAUCACUGCCCAGAGACAGGGUUUGAAGACAGGCUCUAUCUACUUCCCUGGAGGAAAAGCAAAAUACCAAGGGGAAGAAGUGAACAAGAAGUUGGUGGAGCCUGCCAUAUUCAGCUACAGCAACGAAACCAACUGGAGGCAGAACAUUGACACGGUCAUGGAAUGGUUCACAGUGGACAACCUCGACUUCAUCGCACUCUACUUCGGAGAGCCAGACUCCUCAGGACACAAGUUUGGCCCUGAAUCCACAGAGAGGAAAAACAUGAUCGAGCAGGUGGACAGAACUGUCGGUUACUUGAGGCAGCGUAUCCGGGAAAGUGACCUGGAGUCAAACCUCAACCUCAUCAUCACGUCUGACCACGGCAUGGACACCGUCAUAAAGACCAACGAGAUUCUUAUCCGGACCAUAAACAACUUCACAUUCCAAGACAUCGACUUUGAACUCUUAGAUUACGGACCAAAUGGACUCCUGGUGCCAAAGGAGGGGAGAUUAGAGUAUGUGUACUCAGUCCUGAAAAACGCCCACCCGAACCUGCACGUGUACAAGAAAGAAGAGUUUCCAAAGAAAUUCCACUAUGCCAACCACCCUCGGAUCACCCCACUCGUGUUGUACAGCGAUCCAGGAUAUGUGAUCCAUGGGAGGAUCAAGGUCCAGUUCAAUAAAGGGGAACAUGGUUUCGACAACGAGGACAUGAACAUGAAAACCAUCUUCCGUGCCGUGGGACCGGCCUUUAAGAAGGGGCUGGUGGUGGAGCCCUUCGAGAGCGUCAACGUCUACGCCCUCCUCUGCGAGCUGCUGGGCAUCACCCCUGAGCCCCACGACGGCUCCCUGGAGGUCACCAAGCCCAUGCUGCGAGGGUCGGAGGACACUGGGAGCGAAGGCACUGGGAGCAUCAGUGAGCACCGGGAGCGGGCACUGGGAGCAGCGGCAGGCACCGGGAGCUCACACCGGGAGCGGGACUGGGCACCGAGCACCGGGAGCGGGACUGGGAGCUCACACCGGGAGCGGGACUGGGCACCGGGCACCGGGAGCGGGACUGGGAGCUCACCCCGGAGCGACACCGGGCACCGGGCACCGGGAGCGGGACUGGGAGCUCACACCGGGAGCGGCACCGGGCACCGGGAGCGGCUCCGGGAGCGGCUCCGCCGGGAUUCCCGCGGGAACAGCGACACCUGGCGGUCGCCGCCGCUCCCGCCGCCGCCCGGCGGCUCCGGGCACCGGCCCGUGCCCCUCCCUCCCUCCGCCGCCCCCUCCGCCGCUGGGGCCCCCCGGGCUCGUACCGGCAGCCGGCGGCCGGGGGCUUCCGAGCUGCGCUCACAGCCCGGCAUUCCCGGGAUCCCGGCACUGGCGGUGGGAGCUUCUCACGCGGGGACAGCCCAGCACGCCCGCUGCAGCUCUAAACGCUUUUCUAAACCCAGCAUCGCUAAAUCCAGCACCACUAAACCCGGCAUCGCUAAGCCCGGCAUCGCUAAGCCCGGCAUCGCUAAGCCCGGCAUCGAUGCUAAACCCGGCAUCGCUAAACCCGGCAUCGCUAAACCCGGCAUCGCUAAACCCGGCAUCGCUAAACCCGGCAUCGCUUACCGGAGACGGCAGUGCCCGGGCACCAUAUUUCAUCCUUCCACGCCCACAGCGCACAACCGCCGUGCAGCAGCUCCUCACGCCGCCCCGCACGCCCCGGUGCGCGCGGUGCCGGCGCGGUCGGUGCUGCCGCACCCCCGGUAG